AGAGAGAGAGAGAGAGAGAGAGAGCAAACAACAAAAACAGAAAACGAAAUUCCUUAACGUUUUUCUUUCCUCCCCAUUUUCAAAGAGUGUUCCGCAAGCACAUUCUGCCAAUUUAUUAUUCCGGGGGCCCACUCCUCCAUUCCCUCCUCCACAGCUGAAAGACAGCAACAUUUACAAUCCAAGACUCCACCUCAACCCACCAUUUCUAAACCCAGAAUCCAACCUCAUUUAUCCACCCAGCAAAAGUAAAAUACUAGACAUAGCAGGUUCAAUUUGAUCCGAUGGACGGUGGUCGAGACGAAGGAGAGGGAAGGGAAAGCAUUCGUUUGCAGAUCGACGUGCCUAGAGUUUUUGAACCACAUAGCAGUAUCGAACCACAGAGCAGUAUCGACACGAAAAACAGUAGCAACUCAAAUCCCGAUUCCCCGUUGGGACCCACGGUCCAUGCGCCGGAAAAGAAGCUAACUCUCUUUGCUCUCCGGCUAGCAGUGCUGGAAAAAGCUGCUACGAGUUUAGGAACUCUGGGUUUUAUCUGGGCAACGGUGGUUUUACUCGGUGGUUUUGCAAUCACCCUUGAUAAAACAGAUUUCUGGUUCAUAACUAUAAUUCUGGUAAUUGAGGGGACCCGGAUAUUCAGCCGGAGCCACGAGCUCGAAUGGCAACAAAACCAAGCCACGUGGUCGAUUGCAGGUGUCGGAAUAAAUAGUUUCCGUGCAAUAAGAUCAAGCUCACACUUUAUAAUAAAAGCCGUAAAGGGGAUUUGUUUCCGUCCUAUUGAGAUGGUUCAGAAGCAGAGCCAACACAGUAGCAGAGAAAUAAACAAGAGCAUGCACCAGGAAAAGAGCCGGCCAAAGUGGGACCAGAAAAAGAUGCCAAGUCGGAUGUGGGAGACAUCGGACGUUCCGAUUCUGCCAUUUUCCCAAUGGGUCUUUCUCUCCAAGAAUGUCGGCAAGGUUCUGUACUGGCUUCAGCUGGCAUCGGCAACAACAUGUGCAAUAUUGUCGCUAAUGAAACUCGUAAAACGCAACUUUGGUGAAGUGGCAAAAGGAGAUACUGACAAGAGGAACCGCAAAGCGGCUCUGAUUAUCUUCUACUCUUUGGCAUUGGCAGAAGCAUUAUUGUUUCUCCUGGAGAAGGCAUAUUGGGAAUGGAAGGUGAUUUACUGCAAACUGUUGGACGAAGUGAACAAGGAAUGUGAGCUGGGGCCUUCAGGUAUGGUUUCAAUCAGAAAAUUCUUCUAUGAUGCCUAUUCGAGAUGUGUAUAUGGAACCAUUUUCGAUGGAUUAAAGAUGGACAUGGUCUCGUUCGCCAUGGACCUUCUGGUUUCGAAUUCACCAGAUGAACAGCUUAUUGGAAUUAGGGUUUUACAUAAAUUCGCAACAAACGAGCGAUUUUCUAACCAUACCCUCCAGAAGAUUGGAACAACGUUACUGGUGAUGGAAAGGUUAGUCGAAAUGCUGAAUUGGAAAGAUCUGGAAGAAGAAGAGAUAAGGCGAUCCGCGGCGGAGAUAUUAUCACAAUUAGCUGGUAAAAAGCAAAACGCCCUUCGGGUUUCGGGAAUACCUGGUGCAAUGGAGUCCAUAUCGUCUCUGCUUCAGAACCACAGGACGCCACAUGGUGUAGCUGAUGAAAUCCCUGAGAAGAUAAUCAUCCAUGACAACGAGAGUUAUAGUUUCUGGACAUUCAAUCAUUUGGGACUUCUCAUCCUAAAGAAACUUGCUCGGGACCAUGAUAACUGCGGAAAGAUAGGGAACACAAGAGGACUUCUACCUAAAAUAAUAGACUUCACUCACGCGGGGGAGAGGUUACUGAAGGAUCAAAAUGUUACACCGUCCCAGAUCAAGACAGUGAAACGGUCACUCCAAGUGCUGAAGAUGCUGGCUAGCAUGACAGGUACCACAGGGAAACAACUCAGGAAUGAAAUUUCUGAAGUUGUAUUCACAAUCAGCAAUAUCAGAGAUAUACUGAAGUAUGGUGACAAACAGACGGAGUUGCAAAAACUAGGGAUUGAGAUUUUAACCAGUCUUGCCAUGGAAGCAGAUGCAAGAGAGAUGAUAGGGGGCACUGGCGGAGUCCUCAAAGAGCUUUUCAAUAUUUUCUUCAAACUGGGGAUGCCUGAAAAUCCGAACGAUGUAAGAAUCGCAGCAGGAGAAGCAAUAGCAAUGCUGGCAUUUGAAAGCAAGAGUAAUUGUCGUAGAAUUAUAAAAUUGAAGGCAAUUGAAAAGCUGGUUGAAGCAUUGGAAGUACCGUUUCCACGCAUAAAUGCAGCACGAAUUUUAACGAAUUUGUGCAUCUACAUUGGAGAAGACUGCUUCAUGCAGCUAAGGGGAGUCAUUAAUGCAGCACCAAUUGUGCUCAGACCAAUCAUGUCAGAAGAGAACAAAUUGCAAGAAGUAAUGGUGGGACUAGCAGCACGUGUUUUCAAAUUUAUGAGUAGUGAAGAAUCAAGCAUCAUGUUCAAGAGAGCUGGCAUUCAAGAGGCCGAAUUGGCUAGGGCUCUGGUUCAGAUUCUAAGAAAAUAUCCAAUUCCAGCAACCAAAACUCCAAGAAUAAGGAGGUUCGUCGUAGAGUUGGCAAUCUGGAUGAUGAGACACAAGGAAAGAAAUGUUCAAAUUUUCAAGGAUCUGGGAAUGAGAAAGGACAUGGAGUCUGUCAUAGAGACAACUUCCGAGCUUGAAAGCUUCAAUGUUUUCUCUGGUGCCGUUGGGAUGAGCCGGCAUAGCACAACGAUUCACUCGCUAGUUGAAACCGCAAUGAAUUUACUGGAUGACAAGCAAUUUAUGGAGAUGUAGAGUAGCUUUUUUUUCGGAAUAAUAUUUUUUUUCUACUAGUCAGAGAAAAAUGCAAUAAUGGUGUAUGGAUGCAUGAAGCGUAUAGGUUAUUAUUUUUAUAUGUACUAAAUAAGUAACAGAAAUGUCUAUGAUGCCAUAAUAAAGCUAUAUCUAUUGAGAA